AUGCUUUCCGCACCAACGGUGUUCUCGAUGAGCUUCGUGAGUGGAGCCGCAGGGUUUAUAACGGUGAGGUUCAUGAUAGGGUUCUGCCUGGCGACGUUUGUGUCUUGUCAAUACUGGAUGAGCACUAUGUUCAACAGUCAGAUCAUCGGUCUGGUGAACGGGACAGCCGCCGGAUGGGGAAACAUGGGUGGUGGCAUAACGCAACUGCUCAUGCCGAUGGUCUAUGAGAUUAUAAGGCGUUGUGGUUCCACAGCCUUCACAGCUUGGAGGAUUGCCUUCUUUGUCCCCGGUUGGUUGCACAUCAUCAUGGGAGUCUUGGUGCUCAAUCUAGGUCAAGAUCUCCCAGAUGGAAACCGAAGUACCUUGGAGAAAAAAGGCGAAGUUGCCAAAGACAAAUUCGGAAAGAUUAUGUGGUACGCCGUCACAAACUACAGGACUUGGAUCUUCGUUCUUCUCUAUGGAUACUCCAUGGGAGUUGAGUUGAGCACUGACAAUGUUAUAGCCGAGUACUUCUUUGACAGGUUCCACUUGAAACUUCACACAGCCGGGAUCAUAGCAGCAUCUUUUGGAAUGGCCAAUUUCUUUGCUCGUCCAGCAGGAGGCUAUGCAUCUGACCUUGCAGCCACUUACUUCGGUAUGAGAGGGAGAUUGUGGGCGCUGUGGAUCAUUCAGACGGCCGGUGGUCUCUUCUGUGUGUGGCUCGGCCGUGCCAACACCCUGGUUACUGCUAUUGUAGCUAUGAUCCUCUUUUCUUUAGGAGCACAAGCCGCUUGCGGAGCCACCUUUGCAAUCGUUCCCUUUGUCUCCCGGCGAGCCCUAGGCAUCAUUAGUGGACUCACCGGGGCUGGAGGAAAUUUCGGGUCAGGACUCACACAGCUCAUCUUCUUCUCUACCUCACACUUCACAACUGAAGAAGGGCUAACGUGGAUGGGAGUUAUGAUAGUUGCUUGCACGUUGCCUGUGACUUUAAUCCACUUUCCUCAAUGGGGAAGCAUGUUCUUGCCUCCGUCCAAAGAUCCAGUCAAAGGUACAGAGGAGCAUUAUUAUGGUUCGGAGUGGAAUGAGCAGGAGAAGCAGAAGAACUUGCAUCAAGGAAGCCUCAAGUUUGCCGAGAACGCCAAGUCUGAGGGCGGCCGUCGCGUCCGCUCGCCUCCUGAGAACACUCCCAAUAAUGUUUAA